GGAGCUGGUGAGGACAGGAUUCAAAACAGGCUCACUCUCUCUGCUAAGACAGACAACACCCACACCCACUAGAGGAGUCUUUACCCAGAGGAACCUAAACUCUGCUGUCUUGGAAAGGAGUCAUGACCAAAGAGAUUGAGACUCUGGGAUUGGUCCUUCAGAACGAGAGUUUCAACUACCAGUGUUACAGUAACCUCAUCAUGGACUCCUGGGCCUACACAGACAGCCUACUCACCUACGACCAGUGCAAGACACCAAAAGAACAGAAAAUGGUUGCAUGCAGCCGAGGCAGCAAUAUGUACAAGCCAGAGAGGACACUGAGUGGCUCCUCCCCCGAGCUGGUCUCCCUGGAGACGCCUACCAACAUCAUCAACGUUUCUUCCAGCCACCCCCAGGAGGCGCUGGACCUCAACAGCAAGCUGUCGUCCCUCUGCCCUCCCUCUGUCCCCCAAAACUCCAGUGCCGACACCUACGACAAGCAGGCCAUCAACAACAUGUUUGACUCCCUGCUCUCCCAGAAGUGGCCCACAGAGACAGCCUUCCCUGAGGCCACCACUGAGCAGGCUCUACCCUACAGUGAUCCCUUUACCAAGCAGCCCAGUCCAGUGUACUCUGACUCCUACACCAACUCCCCUCCAGAGAGAUACAGGAAUGAUUUCCAGUUCGUUUUGGGAGCCCCUCAAGCCACCCAGCACAAGUCGUCCCAGCUGCCCAUGGUUUACCUCAACAAGGGCCAGUUCUACCCUAUCUCCCUACAGGGGGUGGACAGCCCGUCCUCCAACAAAGUCAAGACGGUGGUCAUGGCGGUGUUUGAGAAUGAUAAGAGUGCAGAGAUCCAGCUGAGGUGCUGGAAUCACUGGCACGCAAGGCAGCCGACCGUUAAGCAGAGGGUCAUUGACAUCGCUGACUACAAAGAGGUUUUCAGUGGCAUCGGCCAUGUGGAAGAGGUGGCCUUCAAUGCUCUGUCUUUCAUUUGGAACCCCAACGAGGAAGGGAAGGUGUACAUUGGCAUUAACUCUCUGAGUACAGACUUCUCCUCUCAGAAGGGGGUGAAGGGGCUUCCUCUCAACCUCCAGAUCGACACCUAUGAUUUCAGCACCGGCACCAACCGCCUCAUCCACAGAGCUGCUGUCCAGGUCAAAAUCUUCUGUGAUAAGGGUGCAGAGAGGAAGAUGAGGGAUGAGGACAGGAAGAGGAGCAAGAGGAGGGGCAAAACUGUCAUCGACUCCAAAACCAUCAAGUCAGUGGUGUCCAGCUCCAUGGGAAGUGACAGCACCUUCUUCAAAACCCUGGAGGACCACGUCACCAACCCCGUCCUCUUCAUCCCAGAGAUGCACCUCUCCAACAUGCAGCGCUGUGGCCUGGCACCUCCCACAACACUGGAAGAGGUUGAAAGGACCUCUCUGAAGAGACUUUACCCUGAUAGAGUGGACCAGAGCAGUGGUAGCCCACCACCAAGCAAGCAGGCCAGAUUGGAGGAGCAACAGAAAGUACUCUUGUACGUGAGAACAGAGUCCGAGGAGGUGUUCGAUGCUCUCAUGCUCAACACCCCAACUCUGAAAGGCCUGAGACAAGCGAUUUCUGAAAAGUAUGGCAUGCAAGAAGACUCCAUUGGGAAAAUAUACAAGAAAUGCAAAAGAGGGAUUUUCGUCAAUAUGGAUGACAACAUCAUUGAACACUACAGCAACCACUCAGCGUUCCUCAUAGAGAUCUCUGAAGUCAUGAGCAGUCAGUUCCAGGUCACUCUCAUGGAGUUAUGAAGAGAGGGCAGACAUUUUUUUUUUUUUAUGUUCGGGCCACCAAAUGAAGGUCUGCCCAAUCAAACUGCCUGCCGAUUUCAACCCUUUAUUAAGCACUGCCCUGCGAGAGACUCUAUUGGCCGAGCCAACAGGACAAAGACAGACCAGCUUCUCUACCAUUGCACCGACUUCAGACCGAACGCUUUAUAGUGAUGCCAGUCACUGACUUUGUAAAUACCAUUUAACCCCAUUCUGACUUUUUUUUUUUUUACUGUGGUAUAUAUUUUAUAACAGAGCGAUUUUGAUUAUGACUAUGCUGUAAAUAUUUUAUGUAAAUAGAAAUGAAUGACAUGUGAGUUGUCUCUUUUGAGGUGACACACAGUGAUACCAUGACCCACUUUUCAGAACUUUCCACAAGCUACAUAUUUCAAUUUCAGUAGACAUAUCGUGAAUGUUGUCAACUUUUUCAGACUGCCAUUCUUGCUGCUUGUCAUGUGCUUAUCGCUUCUUCCAAGAGAUCUCAAUUAAUGGGAAUGCUGCCGUUGUUUAAUUGCUUUAGUUUUUUGUUUUGUUAUCAUAUUAUUUCUCAGACCAUUAUGUUUGCUAUAUAAUGGUACUACCAAUAGGAUAAUGCUUUAGCCUGAAUUGUCCAACAAACACCCUAGAAUUGUCCAACAAAGUACUUUUUUAGAACCAAAGUCACACAUUUCCCACUUCACGGGUAUUGCCUUCACAAAAACCUCAGUGGCCUUUUAUAGUAGAAGACUGUACAUUCACAAAAACCUCAGUGGCCUUUUAUAGUAGAAGACUGUACACAUUUCUAGGUUGUAUUGUGUCACCACAUAAUUCUUCCCCCAAGCCACUGUGCUAGAACCACUAUGUUCCAGAUCAACCCCUUUCAAAAUCUUUCAGUUGAGUUUUUUUGUGAAGGCGUUUAGAUUUCUCUUUGUAUGUUUUUUUGCAACAUUUCAAUGCUGUAGCUAUAUCCCUGUAAUAUAUCUUAUGAUUUUAACAUAGCGAUUCUUUUUGUAUUGACUCUCGUUUCCAAGAAAAUUAAACAUACACUAAAAAAAAAGUGUACAUGUUUCUUUCAAUGGUUUUUGUAGGAUAUAGUUUAAAGAUGACCUAUAGUUCAUCCACUUCAACUGAAAUCUUACCCUGGACGCAUUACCAAGAAAAUGUAUGCAAAUAGUUCAAUUUAUACUCCUUGUUUACGCCAUUGAGUAUAUUAGAACACCGCCCAGGGAAUUUAAACAGGCCUUCAGCACAGACACUGAAUACAUGUUAUUGUGUGUCUCGUCUUGUCUGCUGGUCUCAUGACAAGCCUCAUUUUUAUUAUUUUAACAAUAAGGUCAUGUAUUUCUAUCAUCUUGAGCGUGUGUUUGCAUGAGUGGGUGUGUGUUUCAGUGUGUGGGUGUGUGUGUCAGUGUGUGGGUGUGUGUGUAUGCAUGAAUGGGUGUGUGUUUCAGUGUGUGGGUGUGUGUGUCAGCGCGUGUGUCAUAUAAAAUAAUAAACCAGGCCAGCAUCCCGGAUGCUGUUGAAGUUGAGACGGGUGUUUUGUGGGGACUAUUUAAUGAAGCUGCCAGUUGAGGACUUGUGAGGCGUCAGUUUCUCAAACUAGACACUCUAAUAUACUUGUCCUCUUGCUCAGUUGUACACCAGGGCCUCCUACUCCUCUUUCUAUUCUGGUUAGAGCCAGUUUGCGCUGUUCUGUGAAGGGAGUAGUACACAGCGUUGUACGAGAUCUUCAGUUUCUUGGAUAUUUCUCACAUGGAAUAACCUUCAUAUCUCAGAACAAGAAUAGACGGAUGAGUUUCAGAAGAAAGUUCCCAUUUUUCUAGCCAUUUUGAGCCUGUAAUCGAACCCAUAAAUGCUGAUGUUCCAGCAGUUUUCUGCUGUGAUUACAUAAUUGAAAAUGGUUUUCUAAUGAUCAAUUAGCCUUUCAAAGUGAUAAACUUGGAUUAACUAAUACAACGUGACAUUGGAACACAGGAGUGAUGGUUGCUGACAAUGGGCCUCUGUACGCCUAUGUAGAUAUUCCAUAAAUAAAUCAGCCGUUUCCAGCUACAAUAGUAAUUUAAAACAUUAUGAAUGUCUACACUGUAUUUCUGAUCAAUUUGAUGUUAUUUUAAUGGACAAAAAAAAUCUGUUUUUCUUUCAAACACAAGGACGUUUUUUAAGUGACCCCAAACUUUUCAACGGUACUAUAUAUAUAUAAUCUGUUGAAUACGUAAGAUUGAAUAUUAUAUGUACAGCAAUAAUUAAAUAGGAUGGCUUUGACUAGAAUACAGUAUAUACAUAUGAAAUGUGUAAAACAGUAUGUAACCAUUAUUAAAGUGUUCUAUUAUUAAAGUGA